UCGAAGCAUUCCACAAGGGCCAGAACAGCAGAACCCCUCUCACGUCCAUCAAUCGCCAAACUCCCUCGAAGAUGUCCGACCAACUCAAGGAAUUCGCGGAUAUGCCGCAGGAGUUUGUGAAAGACGGAAUGCAAUUUCUGAACCGUUGCACGAAGCCCGACAAGCGCGAGUUCUUGAAGAUCUCCCAGGCCGUCGGUGUUGGAUUCAUAGUCAUGGGCGUCAUCGGAUACGUCGUCAAGCUCAUCCAUAUUCCUGUAAACAAUAUCCUGGUCGGCGGAUCAUAGCGGGCUUUUCAGUUUGAAGGAGAUAGGAAAGGGCGAGUGGAUAGGAGGCGGCUAGCUGGCGGGACCUGGGACUUGGAGGUGUGAUGUUAGAAUACACCUGAUGGCUCACCUUGGGCGGACGACGACUUAGGGUUGGAAUACAGCUGAGCUUGUCGCGGAGGAUGGGUUGUAAUCGUAUUUCACAAAAGGUCCACUGGGCAAGCGGGAGUUCAAUUGACAUGGAUUGUUUCGGGCAGCUAUGCCAGAGUGCUAUUUCAUCUACAGCGAGUGUCAUAUCGCAUAAUCCAAUCGUUGAAAGGCCAAGGUGUCCAGUGCUCUAGUUCUACGAGUGUAUAGAGCCGGACGGUGGAGUAGGGGUAUGAGAAAAACACCCGAAGAGCGGGAUAUAUCCACGAUUGAGCCAAUU